UCUCCGACAACAAACAAAAGAUCGAGGCUAGCUGAGCUCGUUACACUCGGUCCGUCUCUACGCAACAUAACUGCUUUCCUACCUCCUUACGUCCACCUGCUCUCCUGUAUUUCAUCCACUAUUAGUCUCCUUCUAGUGUCUAUAUAUCUGUGGCUUUGUGUCAGCUAAUGUCAACCUGAGCCGAGCGCUUUGCCUUUUGCUGAACGGGUUAGCCACCAGGUUAGCUUCUCGGCUAACCAGGAGCUAGUUAGCUUAGUAUGCUAGGUAGCUUAGCCUGGUAUUCAGCUUAACCCUUACGAACCAGUGAGGGGCUGUUAGCUUAGUAUGCUAGUUAGCUCAGCUUGCUAGUUAGCUUCUAUACGAACAAACGGAGCCAGUUAGCUUAUCAUGUUGGUUAGCUUAGCCUGCUUUUUAGCUUAAGCCAUACGAACCAGUGCAGCCAGUUAGCUUAGCCUUUGCUAAAAAAAAACUCCCUUUAAAAAAACUCGACCCUGACCGACACAAGUGGAUCUGGCUUGUUUGCGGACAAGCCAUUUAAAGAGUGAAUCUUCGUGAUGUCUGGGCAGUCGUCGGGGGGCAGCGGGUUCCUGAUGUCGGUUGUUGUCCACGGAGACUCAGCUCUGAACGACCAGGAGAAGGAGCUCAACCAGCGGCUGCGAAGGCUUUACCCGGCCGUUAAUGAGACGGAGACUCCGCUGCCACGCUCUUGGAGCCCGAAGGACAAGUUCAGCUACAUCGGGCUCUCACAGAACAACCUCCGUGUGCACUAUAAAGGUCACGGAAAAACCCCUAAAGAUGCAGCGUCAGUGCGGGCCACACACCCCAUCCCUGCAGCCUGCGGGGUCUACUACUUCGAGGUGAAGAUCAUCAGCAAAGGACGAGAUGGGUACAUGGGCAUCGGCCUGUCAGCUCAGGGUGUAAACAUGAACAGACUCCCAGGUUGGGACAAGCACUCAUACGGUUACCACGGAGACGACGGUCACUCCUUCUGCUCGUCCGGCACCGGGCAGCCCUAUGGACCCACGUUUACAACGGGCGACGUGAUUGGCUGCUGCGUGAACCUCAUCAACAACACCUGCUUCUACACAAAGAACGGACACAGCCUAGGCAUUGCCUUCACAGAUCUACCACCGAACUUGUACCCGACAGUGGGCCUUCAGACUCCGGGGGAGGUGGUGGACGCGAACUUCGGGCAGCACCCCUUCGUGUUCGACAUCGAGGACUACAUGCGCGAGUGGAGGACGAAGAUCCAGGCGCAGAUCGACCGCUUCCCCAUCGGAGAGCGCGAGGGCGAGUGGCAGUCCAUGAUCCAGAAGAUGGUGGCCUCCUACCUGGUUCACCACAGCUACUGCGCCACAGCUGAAGCCUUCGCCAAAUCCACAGACCAGGCCGUGCACGAGGAGCUGGCCUCCAUCAAAAACAGACAGAAGAUCCAGAAGCUGGUGUUGUCGGGCAGAAUGGGCGAGGCCAUCGAGACGACCCAGCAGCUGUACCCCAACCUGCUGGAGAGGAACCCCGACCUGCUCUUCAUGCUGAAGGUGAGACAGUUCAUAGAGAUGGUGAACGGCACAGACAGCGAGGUGAGAUGUCUGGGGGGUCGCAGCCCAAAGUCUCAGGACAGUUACCCCGGCUCCCCCCGGCCCUUCAGCAGCCCCAGCCACAAAGCCAGCGGCUCCCAGCCCUACCUGCCAGGGUCUGACAGUAGCUGCUGUAAUGGAGUGACUUCUAAUAAGAGCCACAGCACCCCCCCUCACAGUCACAAGCCCUGCCCCCCUACCUCCGGCUCCAGCCCCCCCACCUCUGACGUCAGCCUCAACGGGAGCCACAGCCAGCAGCCCCUCACCAGUAGCGAUGUGGACAUGGAGGUGGACCACGUCACCAACGGAGUCACAGAGUCGUCCUCCAACGGUUUCCUCAACGGCAGCUCCAAACACGUCACCGAGCCCGACGAGUGUGAGGCAGACAUGGAGGUGGAGUCGGCUCAGUCUAAGAGGCAGCUGUGCGGCGGCAGCCAGGCGGCCAUCGAGAGGAUGAUCCACUUCGGCCGGGAGCUGCAGAGCAUGAGCGAACACCUGCGUCGCGAGUGUGGCAAGAACUCCACCAACAAGAAGAUGCUCAAGGAUGCGUUCAGCCUGCUGGCGUACUCGGACCCCUGGAGCAGCCCGGUGGGAUUCCAGCUGGACGCCAUCCAGAGAGAGCCCGUCUGCUCCACCCUCAACAGUGCAAUACUAGAGACUCACAACCUGCCGAAGCAGCCCCCCCUGGCCCAGGCGGUGGGUCAGGCCGCCCAGUGCCUCUCCAUCAUGGCACGAACUGGCACCGGCUCCUGCGCCUUCGCCUCUGUGGACGAUUAUCUGCACUAGCCCCGUGUUUAGACACACACACACACACACGGACAGACACUCUGAGGACCUGUCCAGAAACGCCUCCUCGGACCCCCUCCAUCAGUGUAGCCCUGUUAUCUGAAGAGAUGCUCCUCUGCACGAUUGAAUGAGUAGCCGAAAGCUAAUGCUGACCGCUGAGGAUCAGGAGACGUUUCUGGGCAGGUGUUUAGAUUGCUUGCAUUAUACAUUUUAAAAACACACACACACACACACACACACCUCCCUUAUCAUCUAAAAUAUGGAAACAACCCCCCCCCCACUGCAGUCCUGUGUCUUGACUGACGAUGGAAACUCUGUAUACCCGGGGGGCAACAAACCUGGGGGGGAACAAACUGACAAAAAAGAAACCCCUGGUCAAAUAUAACUAGAAAAAAACAAAUACAGAAAGCUGACGAGGGGUCCACACACACACACACACACACACACACACACACACACACGCUAACAGGCUGAUGAAAACAGGAGGGAAAAUCCAUCUCCAUCCGGUCAAUGUAAGGCUCCAUUAGGGAUAGCCUACCCCUCCCCCUUUCACCCCCUGCACCCCCGACCCCCCCCCCCCCACACACACACACACACACCUCCACUCACUUCAGGACAUUAUCGGAGAUGUGUGUGACGCAUGUGGACUCGGGACUUUGAAGAAGCCGGAGAGAAUCUGCAGUCUGAACUCCCUGUUUAAUAUUCUGUUUAGUUUUUUUUGUGCCUGGGCAAAGUUACGGGGAGGGUGGGGGGGGGGGGGUGUUUACCUGGCUAUUGUUUUGGUUUCUUUCCCAGGUUUACAAGGCAUCGGCGCAGACUAUUAUCCUUCUUCUUAAGUAUCAUUUUAUUGAUUAUUGUUACUUGCAGUCACAGUAUAUUUGUUGAGCGCCAGCAAGAGCAAGUUCCAGUUACUAUAAUAAAGGUCCCGAUCCCAUCGAUCACCAGUGUGUACAUGUUAACGUUUAUAUAUGAAUUUAACAAAAUGGAAUUAUAUCAAUAGAGUGAGAUAUUUAGUUAUCAAAUGAAAGGAAAUCGUUGAAAAAAAAAAAGAAGCAAUCCUUUAAAGCUUUGUACCGACACCAGUGACUCCUGAAGCGUCUGUAGCCUACGGGCUUUAAUGUCUCCUGUUCUCUUGAGUCCAGGGUUCCUACGCAGCCGGAAAAAUAAAUAAUUGGACCAUUUCCACGUCUUCAAGACAAAGGAGAACCUGCCUCAAGUAAAAUAUUUAAGUUCACAUGAAGCGCUACUCACCGUUAAGUUAUGUCUUUACUGAAGCCGGGCUGAAUUUCUCCAAACUCUCCAAACUUUUCUGGUAAAGCAAACCUGUGCAGGAACCCUGUGAUGACCUCUGACCCCCGUUUUUACUCGUUAACCCCCCCCGCCCCGCGCUGCACAGCAGGUUUGAUGCAAACGUUGUUCAUCUUUAUUUUCGUAUUGAUGUCUAUGCUAUCCCGUAACCCACAAAGAACUCAGGAGCCAAAAAAUGUCCCUUUGUUCCUCCUCAUGGUUUUAGAAUAGCAAGGCAGCGGCAGACCCCGGGGUCACAGACGGACUCGUUUUAGUUUAAAAGAGCUACAGACUCGAAACGGAAAAACAGCAAAACUGAGCUGCUAUGAAGUGUGCUGUGAGUCACUUUUAACGCAGAGAAAGAUAACGAGACUGCAGCUUUGUUCACAUUACUUUAUAUCAAACAAAAGGAAGUGUUUUUUGAGCCAAUUUGUGGAAACCGUGGCUCAGUUUUAAGGGUCGGAGUGGACCUUUCCCCGUCUUUUGAAGACAACCAAGAGACAGCAUGACCGCAAGAGCUUAUAACCCUGUAGAGUUAAAGCCCCUCAAUGUGUAUUCACGUUUGUUUUUCUCCCCUUUUCAUCAACCUUCUUUCAAGCUGUGUUUCCUCUGUUGACAUUUUGGCAUUGACUUGGUGUUUGUAUUGCACUCAUGAAGUGGGAGCUAUCAGGCUAGGCUAAUUAGCCAUACCCAGAGGAACAGAGCCAGGCUUGGAGGCCAAUUUUCGGUAGUGGACAAACCGCCCUAAAUGUCUUUAUCAAAUUUUAGGUACAUAAACUAUCAGGACAAACGGCCCUCAUUUAAAUCAUUAAAGUGUUGCAAGGUUUCUGUCCUUUCUCGAGGAAAUGCUAGUGCGCCUGCUCUAUGGGCCCAUAGAUGCAGAAAAUCUGGGUUUAUUUUACAAACUGCGCCAAGGAGCAACACCUCCGACGCCGGUAUCCAGUUCUCUUCCGUCAAUCAUGGCUAAAGCUAGUUAGCUUUAUGAAGGAUGACAUCUUUUAUUUAUCAUCAAUACAUUCAAAUUUAACACCAAGAGGAAAUGUACUGAUCUUUGUUAGCCGAAAUUACCGUCAUUUCUGGUUUUUCCCUCAAUGUUUGCUAGCAAGACUAAAAUGUCUUUGUUUUCAGAUCAUUAACCUCAACCUCGUUAAAAUGCUAGUUUGCUCUCCCUCGUAGCAUUUUGCUUUAAGACAAGUUAGAAUGUAUGAAGCUCCAGUUGAAAUAGAGUGGUGCAGUGAUUGUAAAUUAGCAUCUUCCUGGUUCCCUCCAUUGGAUUUAGGAUUAUUGCAGAUUAUCUGUCAAACAAACGCCUAUGAUAUUUACACGUUUUGUUCAGCAGGAUAAUCUCCACAUAUAAAAAGCUAAUGUUGGGCUAUAAAGGAACUACAGCACGGUCACAUGACUUCACGUCUCCACCGCUAAGCUAAAGGAGGCUAAUGUUGGGCUAUAAAGGAACUACAGCACGGUCACAUGACCUCACAUCACCACCGCUAAGCUAAAGGAGGCUGAUGUUGGGCUAUAAAGGAACUACAGCACGGUCACAUGACUUCACAUCACCACCGCUAAGCUAAAGGAGGCUAAUGUUGGGCUAUAAAGGAACUACAGCACGGUCACAUGACUUCACCUCUCCACCGCUAAGCUAAAGGCGGCUAAUGUUGGGCUAUAAAGGAACUACAGCACGAUCACAUGACUUCACUUCUCCACCGCUAAGCUAAAGGAGGCUAAUGUUGGGCUAUAAAAGAACUACAGCACGGUCACAUGACUUCACGUCACCACCGCUAAGCUAAAGGAGGCUAAUGUUGGGCUAUAAAGGAACUAUAGCACGGUCACAUGACUUCACUUCUCCACCGCUAAGCUAAAGCAGGCUAAUGUUGGGCUAUAAAGGAACUACAGCACGGUCACAUGACUUCACCUCUCCACCGCUAAGCUAAAGCAGGCUAAUGUUGGGCUAUAAAGGAACUAUAGCACAGUCACAUGACUUCACUUCUCCACCGCUAAGCUAAAGCAGGCUAAUGUUGGGCUAUAAAGGAACUACAGCACGGUCACAUGACUUCACCUCUCCACCGCUAAGCUAAAGGAGGCUAAUGUUGGGCGUGAUGACGUUUAUUCGUCUCAUUUAGACUCUUUUUAAUUUACUAGUGGGGUAUCGACGUAGAAACAAAAUCUGUUCAGCUUUUGUUAACCACAUACCAUUGACUUGCAGAGGGAACAGGAAGUGCUAAAUUGCUGACUCAUUCCUGCACCACUGCAGAAGAGGAGUGAAAGGCCCUACCGUUCGCUAACGUCCCUCAAGAGGAAAGCUUUCUCUUCUCACUAGCAUUUCAGUUUUGUUUCCGAGUCCUCCGUGUUUCUCAAAGCAUCGACGGGGAAAAUAAACCAAUAAAGAACCUUCAGUAUUGUCAACAGCACUGUGGCGACCACAUUUACUAAAUAAAGAACCAAAUACUCUAGGAAGGGUCUGGAGGGACCGAGCUUUUGUGUACCUUGGUUUCUCGUUUGUUUGUUUGUUUUUCGGAUCGCAGUCACGGCAUCGUUUAGAAAUCUUAGACAAAGUGUCUGUUGUCAUUUUCUGAGUAAGGUCUGAAACCUAUGCAUGCCAUAGUAAAGUGGUGGUAAGAUCAAGUUUAGAUGUCUCUUAUUUUAUUCUUUUUUGUUUCUCCUUCUGUUAGCCGGUUAACGGUGUGUAAGGAAGAUGUCAACCAGUAAGUUGUCCACUGCUGACUGUGUGUCCAUUUGGAGAAAAAAAAAAAGUGCAAUUUGUGUGAGGGUGAAAAGAUUUAUAUUAAAAAAAAUGACAAACGAUGAA